CGCAGCACUUGCACAACCCCGCCUCUGACCCCGAGUCCUGGCGUUCACGUUUCCCGUGAGGCGCGGAACGGAUCUGCUCGGCUCAGCUGCCCCUUGCUCCCUGUGCAGAGCGCACGGCACGCAGCGCUCUUUCUCUUUGUCCCUUUCGCCGGCCACGUGCGCUCGGCCUCACCCUGCCUUAGUGCGUCGGGGCUGCGAUUCGGUCCCACGAUGUCUCAGUGGACGCUGCCGCCGCCGCCGCUGCUGCUGCUCUGGGCCUGCGUCCUGACGGGGACACACGCUGCACUGGUCCAUUCUCGUGACUCCGCUCUUCAGGACACGGACGCUGGGAUUCAUGGGCUCAAGAAACGAAGUCUCGGGGAAGUUAAGGUGGACGUUCAGAGUGUGACAAUGAACUGCAAGGUGGCGUCUCGCUUCGCUCACACCGUCAUGACCUCGAAAGCCAUCAACAGGGCCAACACCUCUCAGGAGGUCUUCUUUGAUGUGGAGCUGCCCAAGACAGCAUUCAUCACCAACUUCAGCAUGGAGAUUGAGGGAGUGACGUACGUAGGUCAGGUGAAGGAGAAGGAGAAGGCCAAGAAGCAGUACGAGCAGGCUGUGUCUCGAGGCCAGACUGCAGGACUCGUCAGGGCAUCGGGAAGGAAGAUGGAGAAAUUUUCCGUGUCGGUGAACGUAGCGGCCCAAAGCGACGUCACAUUCGUACUGACUUACGAGGAGCUGCUCCAGCGCCGCCUGGGAGAGUACGAGCUCAUGAUCCGGGUCAAACCAAAGCAGCUGGUCCACAAGUUUGAGAUUGUAGCAGACAUCUACGAGCCACAGGGUAUAGCCUCCUUGGACGCCCACGGCACUUUCCUCACCAAUGAUCUGCUCCCUCUGGUGGAGAAAACCGUCAGCGACAAUAAGGCCCAUGUGUCCUUCAGCCCCACGCUGGAGCAACAGCGCACGUGUCCCGACUGCGAAGGCACGCUCAUCGAUGGGGAUUUCUUCAUCAAAUACGACGUGAAGCGAGACAAGGACGUUGGUGACAUACAGAUAGUCAACGGAUAUUUUGUACACUUCUUCGCCCCCUCGGAUCUGCCCAGAGUGCCCAAGAAUGUUGUUUUUGUCAUAGACGUCAGCUACUCUAUGGAAGGAGCAAAGAUAAAACAGACCCGUGAAGCUCUGCAGACCAUCCUGGAUGACAUUCACAGCAACGAUUAUUUCAACCUUGUCCUGUUUGACCAUUAUGUUGAGUUCUGGAAGCCGUCUCUGACCCAGGCCACUGUGGAGAAUGUCGCAGAAGCGCAAAAAUUUGUUUCCGGCCUCCGUGCAAGAGGAGCCACAGACAUCAAUCAAGCUGUUCUGAAGGCGACUGAGCUGUUGUACCAAGACAAAAAGAACAAAACGCUACCAGACAACAGUGUCUCCAUGAUCAUCCUGCUGACCGAUGGGGAUCCCACUUCAGGAAUAACUGACCAGAAGCAGAUCCAGGAGAAUGUGCACAAUGCCAUCCAAGGAAACGUGACCUUGUUUUGCCUGGGCUUUGGCUACAGUCUUGACUACACCUUUUUAGACGUCAUGGCCCAGCAGAACAAUGGACUCGCCAGAAGGAUCUACGAGGAUUCGGAUGCUGCGCUUCAGCUUAAGGGGUUCUACAGUGAGGUGGCGAGCCCCUUGCUCUCCGAGGUGCACAUGCAGUAUCAAGACAACACAGUUGACUCACUGACCCAAAGCCACUUCAAGCAGCUCUUCAACGGCUCAGAGAUUGUGGUCGCAGGGCGGCUCACGGAUAAUGACCUGGACAACUUCCUCUUCGAGAUCUCGGCACAGGGGGUUAAUGACAUCCACCUCCAGGGUGAGGCCAGUGCCCAGAAGUGGGAUGUUUUGUUUCCUCACGAGGAGUACAUCUUUGGGGAUUUCACAGAGCGUCUCUGGGCCUAUCUGACCAUCCAGCAGCUACUGAAUAAGAGGGGAAGUGGCACCGCUGAGGAGAAGAGCAAUGCCACUUCCGAGGCCUUGGCUUUAUCCCUCAAGUACAGUUUUGUGACACCCCUCACCUCCAUGGUGGUGACCAAGCCCCAGAGGGAUGAGGAGCCAGAGGACAUGUUCAUUGCAGACAAGCUAACUGAAGCUCAGCGCGGCAGACCAAGCUAUACCGGUUACUACAGCUCACCCAGUUACUCUCCUAUCACAAGUGUGGAUGGAGACCCGCACUUUAUUAUUGAGGUACCAGACCGAAACGACACCCUGUGCUUCAACAUUGACGACACUCCGGGCACCAUCUUUAACUUGGUGAGAGACCCAGUGUCAGGAAUUGUGGUCAACGGCCAGACUAUUGGAGACAAGAAGUUACAGCCGGGGAGCAAGGUCCACACCUAUUUUGGACGAUUUGGAAUUGCUCAUGAAAAACGGGGCCUCCGGGUGGAAGUGAGCACGCAGAACAUAGUGGUCUCCCGGGAGGGGAUGAAGACAAUUCUCUCCUGGGCAGAAACGAGGACUUUCAGAACUCUCGGCAUGGAACUUCAGGUCACCAAGGACCGCAGUCUCACCAUCACCAUGAAGGACUCUGCCAAGUUUGUGGUCAUUUUGCACAGGGUCUGGAAGAAGCACCCUUACCACCAAGACUUCCUAGGGUUCUACACCCUGGACAGCCAUCUGCUCUCUCACAGAACUCAUGGCCUACUUGGGCAGUUUUACCAUGGCCUGCAGCUCGUGGUCGGUGACUUGCACGAAGGGCAGAAUGCAGACAAACCAGACGCUACCAUGAAGAUUAAAGGUGUGGAGAUAAAUGUCACCAGGGGCUGGCAGAGAGACUAUCGCCAGGAUGUAAAGUACGGUGAGGGUGUACCCUGCUGGUUCAUCCACAACAACGGCACCGGACUAAUCGAUGGCACCCACCAUGACUACGUUGUAUCCGGGAUAUUCAAAACUAGCUGAGCGACAUCACCACCGGAACACUGAAAGACACAGAAUGGCAAAGUGGUUUGGAUCAACUUCCCAUUUGUUCUGUAGACAGAAAAACAGAAAUUCAUUAUCUUCAUCCAUCAUGACACAUUGUUAAUGGAAUGCUGACCAUUGUGCCUGCAUGUGCUGCUAUAAAUAUCCACUUAUAAUUAAUGGGCAUGACAGAAAUUUAUAUGCUAUCAAUCUGCUUUCAUCAAACAUAUUCAUAAAGCAAAUAAAGCAAUUUGCCUGCUUAAAAAAUAAAUCAAAAUUCAAAAA